AUGUCCAGUCGAAAAUCCAAGAAGAAGAAGAAUAAGAAGGAGAAAAAAAAGGCAGGCACCUCUUCAGAUGAUGAUAACGAGAAGCUCUCUCAGGAGACAGAGGAUGCAGGGAAACAGGACAGCACAGAGGGAAAGCAUCCACACGGCCAGCAGCCCACCUCUGAGGGAAACCAUGGAAAGAAGAAGAAGAAGAAAAAGAAGCACACACACUCCCCUCCAUCUCCAAACAGAGGCACCCCAAAGAAACGGUUGGAUUUUCGUAAGACUGCAUGUAAAUUAGGGCAAGGUACACCAUCGAGCAACACAAAAGACCUGAAAAGUUCUGUGGACGCUCACAGAGCCUACCACGACCCAGGGAAGAGCUGUCGGAAAUCCGGCAGCUCAUCCAGGAGCUGGAGGAAUAGUCCCUCUCCUGGUUGUGGAACCAGACAGGGUUCUAGUAGGUCAGUGCAGAGCUUCUCUGUUCGGACUUCAGCUGAGCAGCCUGUUCCCCGGGUCUCCCCCCAAAGGAGUAAGACAUGGAGGCUUAUGAGGGGGAAGUCCACACCGAGAGAUACCCAGCUGAAAGACGCUCAGGGCCCCUCCCACUAUGGCUCCUUCUCAGAGGAGAGGAGGCCCCCGAAAAGGAGUUUCGACGCAGACGAGGACGUCCCUUACGCCAAGCGCAGGAACGCUCAGGACUGGACUCCUCAGGGCUCCCCACAGCAUAGCUCCCUGUCUGAGGACUCGGGGGUAAAGAGGAGGCUUCUGGAGGGGAGCGGGGGUUCCGGAAGCUUUCCGGAAACGCAAGCGAGCCACCAGUCGUUUGGUUUCUCAAAGGGAAUCGGCGGCUUGGCUUGUCCGUCGCAGGAGGUUCCCCCAGACCAAGCGCCAAAGCUUGGUCCUCAGACGCCAUCGCAGUCCAGCCCUGUACAGCACGAAAAGUCGGGCACUGUUCAUAGUUCAGUGUCAGGAGGAAAGCCUUUCGCAUAUCCCAGACUGCCUGUCAGCUUUAAGAUACCAACCAAAACCGGGCUGCAUAAGAACCCCUUCCAGUUCAUCUCAAGGGAGGCAGACAAUGAAAAUGUGUCGUCCAGGAGACACAGCCUCUGCUUCCAACACCCAAACCUGGACAGAGCAGUGACACAAGCAGUUUCGACUGACAAUUCUGAAGUCUCUGACAAUCACCAAGAGAUGGAGUUGCUGGAGGAGCUGCAUUUGGCUCGAACUAAUAAACAGUUGGACGUGAACGUGGUAGAAAGCUGUGGAGCGCUUACCUGUAUGGACAUUGACUUACCAGAAGAGGGCGCCACAGUUCCAGCCAGUAAGGCGCCCCUCCAGCAGGAUCUGCUCGUCGUCUUGGAUACCAACAUUCUGCUCAGUCACCUAGACUUCGUGAAGAAGAUACGGGCGCAUGGUCUGGGGGCUCUGGGCUUCCCCACUCUGCUGAUUCCUUGGGUGGUGCUCCAAGAGCUGGACUUUCUGAAGGACGGCAAACUGUCCAGCAGGGUGGAGCAUAAGGCCCGGCCGGCCGUCCACUACAUCUACAGCUGUCUGAAGGGCCAGGAGCCACGCCUGUGGGGCCAGUCCAUGCAGCAAGCUUCCCAGCCCAUCUGUGGACUGGGUGUUCAGAAUAAUGAUGACCGCGUACUGCAGUGUUGUCUGCAGUACCAGAGCCUGUAUCCAGGGGUAGCUCUGAUACUCUGCACUAAUGAUAAGAAUCUGUGCAGUAAGGCUUUGUUGAGUGGAGUGAGGGCUUUGAGUAAAGUAGAUCUGGAGAGGGAGAGAUACAGAAAAAGCUUACCAAACCACUCCACUGUCCAACAACGCCCAGAAAACCCCUGCCCUGUGAUGCCACCCGCCCAGAAAGGUCAGCCAAUCAGACGGUCUGCCGAGGAGGCGGAGGGGACGUCCGCGGCCAAGGCCUCAGAGCUCAGCGUGUGUAUGUCAGUUCUGGAGUCCACCCUGCAGGGGGCGCUGAGCGUGGUGUUGGAGGAAGAGAUGAAAGCGGCCUACGGAGAACUGUGGGAUGAGAUCGUGUAUUUGAAACCUCCAUGGAGUCUCUCGGAUCUUCUGCAGUGUUUUCGGAAGCACUGGAUCGCCGUGUUUGGGAGUAUCAUCCAGAGGAACCUGCUCAGCUGUGUCGAAACCCUUAGCAACUGUCUCUGCUCAGAUAAGUCUCUGAAUCGUGACAGGUUGCUCAGUGCAGUGAGAGUUGCUGUGGAGUUACUGUCAGCGCUGAGCUCCAGGUCCCCGUACAGCAGUCAGGUGACUCAGGCUGUGUCCUCUCUCAACGCGCUACGGCACCAACUCAACACGCCGAAAGCUCCAGUAGAGGACACAGGCGACGCCCAGAUGGUGGAGGCUGACGACGGUGUGCCUGCACCCACCCGGAUCUCUCACGAGGAGGUGUGGGCGAUGUUCCAGAACAUCUGGACCAACGUCUGCCAGAUCAGCUCUGCGGUAUUCUCGGCGCUGGGCUAUCCUUCCGAAACAGGCCUAGUGACCAUACCUGCUCCUCAGGAUGCCCUGAACUGCCUUCACAGACUGUCUGCUGUGGUAAAACAGCUUCUGGAGGCCUUUGGGAGAGUGCUGUCUGUGAAUAGUAGCAUCGAGGAUGUUCAAUCUCUACACACUGUCAUUUUGACCAGUGAGAUUGCUGCUAUAGAGCCGCAGUUGACCGCUAAGGACCUGUUUGAAUGUUUGUCUCAGCAAGAAUACAGGGAAAAGUUGUCUGUAGGGGGGGCCCAGCUGUCUGUGGUGAAUGAGAACUUGGAUCGAUGUGUUGCUGCUGUGCGAAGGCAGACUGGGGAGAGCGCCUGGCCCUGA